UUUUAUUCCGGGUAUAACAUCAUAAACAGUUAUUCACAGACUCAGAGCAGAGACAGAUAGAGACACAGACACAGGGUCAACGAUAGGACCAGAACCUGAAUAUAGACAGAAAACACAGUAAGUUGUUGGAGAUGUCUGACGCCAUCUAUGCUGAGCCAGAUAUGACCAAGAAGGUCAAGUUUGACAGAGGUGAGAUGGAGGAGAGGAUUGUGGAUAUCUACGUCAGUGCAGACACCCUGAGAGACGGUGAGACCAGCACCAAGAGAGAAGAGACAGCAGACACUGCUCCUAAUAAUGGACCAGGAGACAAGUUCUCAGAGCCUGAUAGCUCAGGGAAGAGACCCUUCCUAGUUGCUGCAGUGUGUCUGGGGCUGCUGUGUGUUCUACUGGCUGGGAUCAUAGGCCUGUCUGUCCACUAUAACAGAGCCAUCAAAGAUUCUGAGGAUAAAAGGAACAAUUUGUUCCAGUUACAGACCAGUUACAACAACCUGACUGCUGAGAGAGACCAGUUACAGACCAGAUACAACACCCUGACUAAAGAGAGAGACCAGCUACAGACCAGUUACAACAACCUGACUGAAGAGAAAGGCCAUAUUCAGGCAAAGCUUUUUGUGAUAGAGCAGCUUUGUCAGCGGGGAUGGAGAUACUUUGACUCCAGUUUGUACUUCCUCUCUACUGAAAAGAAAACCUGGGAGGAGAGCAGACAGGACUGUCUGGAAAGAGGAGCAGACCUGGUGAUCAUAAAGAGCACUGAGGAACAGACAUUUCUCUUCAACCUCCAACUGAGAGCCUGGAUUGGUCUGACUGAUUCUGUUUCUGAGGGGACCUGGAAGUGGGUGGACGGCACAUCACUGACCACAGGGUACUGGGGGGCAGGACAGCCUGAUAAUAGAGGCCAAGAGGACUGUGUUGAGAUAUACUAUGGACAAGAUGACGCUGUAAAGACAUGGAAUGAUGACAAUUGUGGCAAAAAUCAGAACUGGAUCUGUGAGAAAGUGGUGUAACAAUAACCCACAGUAACAAACUUUCUCUCUC